CCCUUAUCUUUCCUUUGCUAAACCCAUAAAAUGCGACCAACAAAAGGACCAAAUAACAUUUAUCCUUCUUUUGCUUCUCUCUAUAUCAAAUGGCUUCCAUUUCUCUACCUAAGCAUUCUCUACCUUCUCUCCUUCCUACUCAGAAACCCAGACACUCUCCUUCUCAAAAUCUCCCAAUUUUCUCCAAAGCUUCACAAUCCCAAUUUUAUGGCCUCAAGCUCUCUAAUUUAUCUUCUCUCACAAUUCCAUCUUCUUCUUCUUUGAAGACUACCAUUUUUGCUAAGGUGAAUAAAGGACAGGUGCCUCCGUCUUUCACAUUGAAAGAUCAAGAUGGGAAAAAUGUGAGCCUUUCUAAAUUCAAAGGGAAGCCUGUAGUUGUUUAUUUCUACCCAGCUGAUGAGACCCCUGGCUGCACCAAACAGGCCUGUGCUUUCAGGGAUUCUUAUGAGAAGUUUAAGAAAGCAGGAGCAGAGGUUAUUGGAAUCAGUGGUGAUGAUACAUCGUCGCACAAUGCUUUUGCGAAAAAAUAUAGACUUCCAUUUACAUUGCUGAGUGACGAAGGAAAUAAAGUAAGAAAAGAGUGGGGCAUUCCAGGAGAUUUAUUUGGAGCAUUACCUGGAAGACAGACGUAUGUUCUUGACAAGAAAGGCGUGGUUCAACUCAUCUACAACAACCAGUUCCAACCCGAAAAGCAUAUUGAUGAAACCCUGAAACUACUUCAAAGCCUUUGAACUUUUCUUCUAUGUUGUAUUGCUUUUGUCUUACCAUUUUCCCCCGUUAGUAUAUUCUCUUGUAGCUCAACAAUGGCCCUGUAUUAUACAUUUACAAGGAAUUGAGUUCGAUUUGUUAUUAAGGUGUUUUGUUUAUA